AUGGUUGUGGGCGAGUAUAUGUUUAUUCCUCAAGCGUGGCCAAAGAUUGGAUCUUUCACGAAACUCAUUGUGGUGGUUACCGUGUUUCUGCCCUACCUAUUUCUCUACCUGGCAUGCUCUGCUGAUCCAGGCUACAUUACGCCUGAAAAUCACGCCUAUUACAUGUCGCUCUAUCCUUACGACCACACACUUUUCCAUCCGGGGCACAUGUGUCGUACGUGCAAGCUCCUUAAGCCCGCUCGUUCCAAGCACUGCAGUCUAUGCAAACGUUGUGUUGCCAAGGCUGAUCAUCAUUGCGUCUUUAUAAAUUCAUGUGUAGGUUACGGAAACCAGCACUGGUUCAUACUGCUACUAAUCUCUACUGCAUUUCUGUGCACAUAUGGUGGCUUUCUUGGAUUGUCCAUUAUUACGGUACGAGUUCAGAGAUACACUCCUGGCUGGUCUGUAUGGAAACCCCGAGGUAUGACAGUCAAUCAGUAUUUGGCUGGUUGGGGUUGGGGCAUUCAAGACAACGUCAACAUGGGGGCCUCAUCACUUCUUGCAGCCCUGACGUCUCCAUUGGUUUGGGGGCUGCUGCUGUACACACUCUAUCUCGUUUAUUGUGGCACUACGACAAAUGAGACCCUCAAAUGGUCGGAUUGGAAAGAAGAUAUGCGUGAUGGAUUUGCAUUUCGCCGCUCUAUGCCAGCAAAUCGCCAGAAGAACGAACGGGUUGAGCCUCGCUUCACGCGCUGGCCAGUCGAGGUUCAGCAGGUCAUUGUCACUACUCAGGAUGGACAGUCCCCAAAGGAUGAAGUUCGAUAUCCUGGAGAAGGCGAGUGGGAGAGGGUUUGGAACUUGAGCGAUGUCGAGAACUUAUACGAUAUGGGAUUGUGGGAUAAUCUGGUCGAUAUAUUUGUCCGUGACUAUGGAUUUGGGAACAAAAAUGACGAACCCAAUGCCGAGAGACGGCGCAGGCGGUGA